ACACGGAGGGGAUUCGCGAAACUCUCAUUUACGCGUGGAAGUGGAAGAAGAAGAAAGCCAUGGCGGCAAAGCGCGGCGUGGCUCCGGCGUCCGACGGAGGACAGACGAAGUCCAGGCAGCAAGACGAAAGAGGCUACUGGGGCACCAAAACAGAGUUUAUCCUCACUGUGAUGGGUGCCAUCAUCGGACCUGGCAACGUGUGGAGGUUCCCUUACCUGUGCUACAGAAACGGCGGAGGUGUGUUCUUCAUCCCGUACGUUUUGUUCAUGGUCAUCUGCGGGAUUCCACUGUUUUUCCUGGAGACCGCGUUAGGACAGUACACCAAUCAGGGUGGAAUUACAUGCUGGAGGAAGAUAUGUCCACUUUUUCAAGGCAUGGGCUACGCAAGUCACCUCAUCAUCGCAUUCGGCGCCACCUCCUACAUUGUUAUCAUUGCCUGGGCAUUCUUUUACCUCUUCUCCUCCUUCGGUGCCGACUUGCCUUGGGCCACAUGUGGACACGAGUGGAACACAGAGUCAUGCCUUGAUGUCAGCCUUGUGAAUCAGAGCCUCGGAGUGACACGCAGAAAAAACAGCACUCUGCCGGUUGUAGAGUUCUGGCAGCGGAGAGUGCUGAAGAUCUCCGGUGGUAUCGAGGAGGUGGGCAGCCUGAGGUGGGAACUGGCCCUGUGCCUCAUCCUGGCCUGGAUCAUCUGCUACUUCUGCGUUUGGAAGGGAAUCAAGUCCACAGGGAAGGCGGCAUACUUCACUGCAACUUUCCCGUACGCCAUGCUGCUGGUAUUGCUCAUACGUGGAGUCACCCUGCCAGGGGCAAUGAACGGGAUUAUUUAUUACAUCUACCCUGACAUCUCCCGUCUAUCGGAUCCACAGGUGUGGCUGGACGCCGGCACUCAGAUCUUCUUCUCUUACGCCAUUGGCCUCGGCUUCCUGACCUCGCUUGGCAGUUACAAUACUUACAACAACAACUGCUACAAGGAUUGUUUCUACUUGUGUUUGCUGAACAGCGCCACCAGCAUUGUGGCAGGCUUUGCCAUUUUCUCCGUCUUGGGAUUCAUGACCCACGAACAAGGGGUCGAUAUUUCUGAAGUGGCGGAAUCAGGACCAGGUUUGGCGUUCAUCGUGUACCCUCGGGCUGUGGCCAUGAUGCCCAUGCCGCAGAUGUGGGCCGUGUGUUUCUUCCUCAUGAUCAUUCUACUUGGCUUGGACAGUCAGUUUGUUGGUCUGGAGUGUCUGAUGACGUCGCUGGUUGAUCUUUUCCCAUCCUACCUACGUCAAGGAUACAGACGUGAGCUGGUCCUACUUGCCAUUUGUGUUGUCUGCUGCUUGCUGGGAUUUGCCAUGGUGACUGAGGGGGGGAUGUACCUCCUACAGCUGGUGGAUUUCCAUGUGUGUAGCGGCACUACCCUGCUCCUCCUCUCCAUGUGCCAGUCCGUCAGCAUUGCCUGGGUCUAUGGUGCCGAGCGUUUCUAUGGCAACAUCACAGAUAUGAUUGGUUAUCGUCCCUUACCGCUGAUGAAGCUCUGCUGGUGUUACUUCACUCCUUGCUUGUGUUUUGGCACGUUCCUCUUCUCCAUCAUCAGAUACUCGCCCUUGAAGUUCAGCAAUUCUUAUGUUUAUCCACUGUGGGCCAACAUCCUGGGCUGGUUCCUUGCCACAGUCUCCCUCUCCCUCAUCCCUCUCUUCGUGGUGUGCAAACUAGUGCACGGCGAAGGCACCCUCCAACAGCGAUUCCUGUUGCUCUGCCUUCCUGAAGACGACUUUCCCCUGGAUAACAAGAGUCUCCCUUCUCUUGGAGUUGAUGCCAUCACUCACCACAGCGAGUUCAAACCUUUAUCCGCUGCAGAUCAGGUCCCCAGUUGUCCUGAGUACAACAAAAAGCAAAUGCUUGACCUGUAAAGGGUACAGUGACAAGGUUCAAGGUUCAACUUUAUUGUCCCCGCGGGGAAAUUUGUCUUGGACACUUUCUUAACAUACACAAAAACAACAGAACAAAAACACAAGCACAGACACAACCACAACCAGACAACUAACAUUUAAACAUCAGAACAUGGAGCUUGAUAGACAUAGGUGGCACUUUGAUGUAGGCAUAAGAUCUACAGUAUGGAGAUAAAGAUAAAGUACCAGUGUGCAUUGCACUAGAGCUCAUGGAUAAAGUGCUAUGUGCUAAAGUGUUUAGUUCUAAAGUGCUAUGUGCUAAAGUGCUAUGUGCUAAAAAAGUGCUAACCUAUGUAUUAACAUUCUAUUGCACAUUGUUGGUCAGCUUAAUGGAGGCUGGGACAAAUGAUAAUUUAAGGCGGUUAGAUUUGCAUAGUGGGACCCGGAGUCUUCUCCCUGAUGGCAGGGUUCCAUAUUCAGGGAAGAGUGGAUGUUGUGAGUUGGAAAUAAUUUUCUUACCUUUUUUUCCUAACUGCCUGCUCAUAGAUGCUCUGUAUAGGCUCAUAUUCUUUCCUCCCUACGAUUUUCAUUGCCGUUUUAUGCAUGCCGGCCAGUUUGCUUUUUAGCUUAAAGGGGAACAUUAUCACCAGACCUAUGUAAGUGUCAAUAUAUACCUUGAUGUUGCAAAAAAAAGGCCAUAUAUUUUUUUAACCGAUUUCCGAACUCUAAAUGGGUGAAUUUUGGCGAAUUAAACGCCUUUCUAUUAUUCGCUCUCGGAUGUGACGUCACGUUGUGACGUCACAUCGGGAAGCAAUCCGCCAUUUUCUCAUUUUCGUCGGUGUGUUGUCGGAGGGUGUAACAACACGAACAGGGACGGAUUCAAGUUGCACCAGUGGCCCAAAGAUGCGAAAGUGGCAAGAAAUUGGACGAAAUUUGUUCAAAAUACGAGGCUGUGGGGAAAGCCGACGAAAUGGUCAGUCGUUUGUUCCGCACACUUUAGCGACGAAAGCUAUGCUACGACAGAGAUGGCAAGAAUGUGUGGAUAUCCUGCGACACUCAAAGCAGAUGCAUUUCCAACAAUAAAGACCCUAGCUUCCCUGGCCUGCUGACAUCAACUCCAAAACUGGACAGAUCAGCUUUCAGGAAAAGAGAGCGGAUGAGGGUAUGUCUACAGAAUAUAUUAAUUGAUGAAAACUUUAUUCAUUACUCGCGGUUUUACGUAAAUUAUUAUACAUAAACUGUGUUUACCAAUAAUUUAGCUUAAAAACAUUUAUUUUUUUCAAUCAUUCAAGUACAUUCGGGUAGUCUUGUGUAAUGCAGUAUUUUGUGUCUAUU